GGCGGCGCAAAAUUAUCCGCCGGACAUGAAGAAGAAGAAGGCGCCGACGGCGGCGGCGGCGCUACCCGCAGCCAAGAGGCGCGCCUCCGGUGAAACCGCCGGGCGCGGGCCACGGAAACGGGCACGGGACGCCGAUCUCGUCACCCAUGGCGACCUCAUCAGCGAUCUCCCUGAUGCCAUCCUCUGCACCAUCAUCUCCCUGCUCCCCGCCAAGGACGGCGCCCGCACGCAGGCGAUCUCCCGCCGAUGGCGGCCCCUCUGGAGAUCCGCGCCUCUCAAUCUCAACGCCAGCUACGAUUUCUGCACCAAACGACAUCAAGCGCUUCUCCAUCGUCUCCAAAAUCCUCUCCGACCACCCUGGCCCCGCCCGCCGCUUCCACUUCGCCGUCAUCCGCCUCCAGAACGAAGAGGAAGCCAAGCAGAUCGACAACUGGUUCCGCUCCCGAGCCCUUGCCAACCUUCAGGAGCUCGAUUUCACUUUCGGUCCUUUGGAAUUUAUUUACGGUGUCUACAGAUAUUACCGGCUGCCAUCGUCUGUUCUCCGUUUCGCGUCAACCCUUGUCAUGGCCAGAAUCACCUGCUGCGAUUUCCCAAAUGAGAUUGCUCACUUUCCCCUCCUGAAGCAGCUCACACUACGACGUGUUUCCAUCUCUGAUAUUGUGUUCCGCGGGAUGAUCUCUGCCUGCCAUGUCCUUGAGACCCUACAUCUCGAGGAAAUUCACGAUGCGUGUUGCCUCCGCAUUACCUCGUCAACUCUGAGGAGCAUUGGCACUUGUUGUUUGCGCAAAGGCGAAUUGAUCAUUGAGGACGCCCCUCGUCUCGAGAGGCUGCUACUAUCUGUUGCGGGCGAUGAGACUAUCCGGGUGAUUAGGAUUAGGGCACCUAAACUGGAGAUAUUGGGCGCUUUGUCGCCCUGCAUCUCCGAAAUCAAGAUUGCAAAUCUAGUCUUCCAGGGAAUGAUCCCAGCCAACUUGAAGACCCCGAUACGCACGGUGAAAGUUUUGGCUCUCCGGGUUUCAAUCCCUGAUUUGAGUGCAGUUCUUGAUGUCCUCAGAUGUUUCCCCUGCCUGGAGAAGCUCUAUGUCACUUGGAACAAAUACUUAAAGAUGAAGAUGAAAAAUCUGCGUCAGUAUGAUCCACUCGAUCCAAUCGAAUGCCUUGAGACCCAUCUCAAAAAAGUGGUGUUCAGAUUUUAUCAAGGCAAUGAGGAAGAUUCUGGCUUUGCCAAGUUCUUUAUUUUGAACACGAAAGUGCUGAAGGAAAUGAUAUUUGGAGUCCGUGAGAAGGUCAACAAGAAGUGGGUGGCUGCUCAGCACAGGCUGCUUAAAGUGAAAAAUAGAGCUUCUCAGGACGCCCAAUUCGAAUUCAGAUAUGGUCCUUCUGAAUGUUUUGAUACCCAUGAUCUGUCAAUUGCCGAUCCCUUCACCGCUCUUAUCUAGGCAAUUUCAAUUAUUUCAGUGGUGGCUGGAACUUGAGCCCAACUGAAACGAAGAACCCCUGACUCUGAUAGGACAUGGAAGUGGAACCAUCUUCAGUCCUGAGCCGUGAUCAUCUAUUGACUCAUCUAUAGAAAGCUUCCCUGGCCAGUAUAACAGAAGCUCCUUCAAAAAACAGAAGCUACUUUUGAGGAAACCAAGAUUGGGGCACCUAAGCUGAAGAUAAUGGGCCCUUUGUCACCCGGCAAUCUCCGAAGUCAAGAUUGCAAACCUAGUCUUCGCGGCUGUUCAACAAGUGUUGCUAGGAGUAGAAACUAGAGCUUUUCGAUUCACUCAAUUCGAAUUCAGAAGUGGUUGUUCUUAUUUUCGGAACCAUUUGGAUGCCCACGAUUUGUCAAUUGCCGUUCUCUUCGACCGCUUGUUGGUAGAUGGGGUAGAUGCUCUUUCAGAAUAAGCACAUGCAUGAUUUAUUAAUUUGCAAAACCCAUCGACUGUCUUUUCGCAGACGAGGUUGAUACCUGCAUAUUAUAUUAUCUUUUUGUUA